AUGGCACGGGGCAAGGGCGGCCGUCUGCGUGGGAAGGCCUGUGGUGGCCAUAGUACAGUCAUGGAGGGACCUCGGGGCGGCAGCCGUGACGCUCCAAUGUUAGGGGCUGAGAGGCGACAGCUCCAACGCAUAGCAGCUACUGGGGACGGAGGAUCUCCACUUGGAGAUUCACCUGUGUCAACUCCUGCUGGUAUGGUGCGUGCAGAGGGCGGAGACAAGGAGAUAGAGGGCAUUGAAAUGGUGGUUUCUUCUAAAGAGAGGACCACACGUGAAAUGGACAGGUUUGAAGAGGGAGAUGGUGAUGAGGAUUUUGAGGGGGAUGAGGAGAAAGGAGGGAACAAGAACGACAUUAAUGACAGCGUAGAUGGGAAUCAUGAUGUUGACGGUGGUGGGGAAGGCAUGGAAGGCGAUGAUGAGAUUGGGGGUGCUGAGCCUAGCGAGGAAGCUCAACAGUCUAUAAGGUCGUACGUGCAGCGCAAGGUCAACAUUCCCUACUUCAAUCAACUUUUGGCAGAGUACCUCGUGGAUGCCGUCCAUGCCUUCCGCACCGUGGAGCGACCCACGGGGCUUUUGGACUUCGUGGAGUUGGGUGCUGAUCACACUGCGGAUGUGAUAGCUGAAACGUUCGAGAAGGUGGUGGUGGAAUGGGGGCUGGCGGGGAGGGUGUUUGCCGAGACAACGGACAACGCUGAAUCGAACGUCAAGGCGUUCCUGGAGCUAGCUAACAGGGGAGGCACAAGCGGCAAUGGCAUCUCUCUUCUUGGCGCGAAAAUGCAUUUUCGUGCAGUGCAGCAACCCCAAAAUCAGGGCGCCACUGCAGCCGAGAAGGCGCGGUUCAAGGAGCUCCGCCUCUCUGAUGAGGAUUGGGCAGUGCUUGAGGAACUUUUGAAGUUCCUUGAGCCGUUCGACACGAUCACGCAGGUUGUGGAGGGGUCACUCUAUGUGACCGUCAGCAGCAUGGUGCCCCAUUACAACGACAUCCUCGAUGUCUUGGAGGGGAUGUACCACAACUUGGUUGUGCGGCCAAGCAACCUGCUCAAGGCAUGCAUUGAGGCUGCCCUCCCCAAGCUCAAGCAGUACUACUAUGGUAGCAUUGAUGAGCUGGUUGUGGCCACCUUUCUAGACCCACAGUACAAGCUCAGCUAUUUUGAGCUACCGCCAUGGGAGGCAGAGCACCAAGAGUUGGCAGCGGUGGUGGCCGAGAAGGCGCGGUUCAAGGAGCUCCGCCUCUCUGAUGAGGAUUGGGCAGUGCUUGAGGAACUUUUGAAGUUCCUUGAGCCGUUCGACACGAUCACGCAGGUUGUGGAGGGGUCACUCUAUGUGACCGUCAGCAGCAUGGUGCCCCAUUACAACGACAUCCUCGAUGUCUUGGAGGGGAUGUACCACAACUUGGUUGUGCGGCCAAGCAACCUGCUCAAGGCAUGCAUUGAGGCUGCCCUCCCCAAGCUCAAGCAGUACUACUAUGGUAGCAUUGAUGAGCUGGUUGUGGCCACCUUUCUAGACCCACAGUACAAGCUCAGCUAUUUUGAGCUACCGCCAUGGGAGGCAGAGCACCAAGAGUUGGCAGCGGUGGUGGACCGCAUUCGAGCCACCAUGACUUUGAAGACCUGGAUUGCCUCACCUGGUGGGGAGGAGCUUCUGGAGACCCCUACUAAGACCCCUACUAAUUCGGUUGUUGAGAGUGAUGAUGUGGAGUAA